AUGGAGCUCCUGUCACGGGGCGGGGUCACUGUCAGAGGCAAACUCGCAGCUGUGGUUGGCCGCAGCAACAUCGUCGGCCUGCCUGUGUCUCUGCUCCUUCUCAAGGCCGACGCGACUGUAUCCAUUGUGCACUCACGGACCCCUGACCCAAGAAGCAUUGUACGCCAAGCUGACAUAGUCAUUGCAGCCGCUGGGCAGCCUAUGAUGAUCAAAGGGGAUUGGAUCAAGCCAGGUGCCGCGGUCAUCGAUGUUGGGCACAUAGUGACUGCAGCAGCUGAGCAGGAUGUGAUGAUCAACGGAGGUGCUGUCGUCAUCCAUGAUGCUGACACCGACUCUGUUGACGAUGACCCUGCCGAACCUGUCGGCGAUGUAGAUUUCGCAGAGGUGAGCAAGGUCGCCGGUUUCCUGACUCCAGUUCCAGGAGGCGCUGGCCCCAUGAUGGUGGCGAUGCUGCUCAAGAACACGGUGGAUGCCGCAAAGCCGGGAAUAUGCAAGGACGAUGCCAAGUGA